AUUUUAUACACCCAGUCAUCACUUAUAAUGUCUGGUCUUUACAUGCUCGAUUAUGGAGCCGGCAAUGUCCGCAGUUUGGUUAAUGCCGUCAAUCGCCUUGGUUACGAUAUCAAGUUUGUUAACCAGCCCUCUGACAUUCUCAAGGCAGAGAAACUUAUUUUCCCUGGUGUCGGUGCAUUCGGUCAUGCAAUGACAGCAUUGAAGCAAAAAGGCUACACCGAACCACUCAAGGCUUAUAUUGCCUCUGGUAGACCAUUUAUGGGAAUUUGUGUUGGUAUGCAGACACUAUUUGAAGGGUCCGACGAAAGCGAUGAACCUGGACUGGGUGUUGUUCCAGGAAAGGUUACUUUGUUCGACAAGAAGACCAAAGCUGUACCCCACAUGGGCUGGAAUGGCGCACAAUUGGUCAAGGAACAGACACAGAUCGACGGCCAAUCGGUAGACUACAGUAUUAAGGAUGAGUCCGUAUACUAUUUCGUUCAUUCAUUUGCAGUACCUUACAAUGAGAAGCUCAAGGACUGGGCAUUGACUACAACAAAGUACGGAGACGAGAUGUUUGUGAGCGCAAUCCAAAAAGGAAACGUGUUAGCCACACAAUUCCACCCAGAGAAGAGUGGUUAUGCUGGUCUUCGCGUCCUCCAGUCAUUUUUGAAGGGCACCGGUAUCGUAGACGAUAGCAAGAUCCUCACAAAGAAUCCUUUUGGUCUCACCAAAGACCGAUUCACCAAGCGAAUUAUUGCGUGCCUGGAUGUCCGUGCUAACGAUACUGGUGAUCUGGUUGUAACCAAGGGCGAUCAGUAUGAUGUUCGUGAGAAAGAAGGCGACAACGAGGUCCGCAACCUUGGUAAACCCGUUGAAUUGGCCAAGCGAUACUUUGAGGAGGGUGCCGAUGAAAUCACUUUCCUGAACAUCACCAGUUUCCGUAACUGUCCCUUGGGUGAUCUGCCUAUGUUGGAGGUUUUGAAACGUACAUCAGAAACUGUGUUUGUGCCUCUGACGAUCGGUGGUGGUAUUCGGGAUGUGACCGAUCCGGAUGGCACAGUUCACCCCGCAUUCGAGGUUGCGGGUGAAUAUUUCCGAUCCGGAGCAGACAAGGUAUCCAUUGGAAGCGAUGCAGUCUAUGCCGCAGAAAAGUACUGGAAGCAAGGCAAGGACGGAUCGAGUGCAAUUGAGACCAUUGCACAGGCAUAUGGCGCACAGGCAGUGGUUAUCUCUGUAGACCCGCGCCGAGUAUAUGUUCAGGACCCCAGCCAGACAACCCAUCACGUGGUUAAGACCAAUCAGCGUGGACCUCAGGGUGAAGAGUACUGUUGGUAUCAGUGCACGGUCAUGGGCGGACGUGAAGGCCGUGAUCUGGAUGUUCGUCAACUAGUAGUUGCUUGUGAGGCCCUUGGCGCAGGCGAAGUUUUAUUGAACUGCAUGGAUAGAGAUGGAACAAACUCAGGCUUCGAGUUGGAUUUGAUUAGAGAUGUCAAGGCAGCAGUUAGCAUUCCUGUUAUUGCAUCGAGUGGAGCAGGUUGUGUAGAACAUUUUGAGGAGGUGUUUGCCAAGACCAAUGUAGAGGCUGCCCUGGCUGCAGGUAUCUUCCACCGCAAAGAAGUGCCUAUCCAGGCUGUAAAGGACCAUGUUCUGUCGUGUGGCGUAUCAGUACGUCCUAUCGACAAUGUGAUUUAGACUUGCGUAGAUAAAAUAUAUAUAAUAAAAAUCAUCAGUCAAACACGACUCUUUGUCUCC